GUACAUAAUCAAGUCAAGGAGCGUCUAAAGAUUGCGGUGGAUGGAGUUUGACUGAAGAUUUCUGUUCUUUGAAAUAGUACAGGUUCACGAGUGGGUUAGUUUUUCACGAAACAAAUAUAUAGCACCAAGGCAGCAUGCAUACGACAUUGCUGACUGUUUUGCUAGUCAUAGAUUUUCCAUUGCUGGCUAGGUAGCUAGAUAGUGAGUUUGCGAAUGCAAAGUUAAUAAUAUAGUCAAUCGUCAGGCAGUGUAUUGAACGCCAGUGAAGUGACAUCACCUAUCCGUAUCUGAACUAGUAACUCAAGCCGCAAGCCUUAAUCACUUAAAAGAUCGAUGGAUGGGUUUCGCGGCAGAGAACGGGUGGACCUCGACGAGCUGCCUGAACUGCACACCAUACUGCGCGGAGAGGUGGCAUCUGUCACAGCCUAUGGAGCUUUUGUGAAAAUUCCCGGCUGCAGAAAACAAGGGCUGGUCCAUAAGAGUGAAAUGUCGUCCUCCCGUGUGGAGAACCCCUCCGAGAUUUUGGAUGUAGGAGAGAGAGUCUGGGUGAAGGUCAUUGGGCGUGAGAUACAGGAGGGAAAAGUGAAACUUUCAUUUUCCAUGAAAGUUGUAAAUCAAGGCACUGGAAAGGACCUGGACCCCAACAAUGUGGUGUUAGAGCAGGAUGAGAGAAAACGACGGCAGUUCAGAGACCACUCCAGUCAGAGGAUAACGCUGGAGGCUGUCCUCAACACCACAUGCAAGAAGUGUGGUUGUAAGGGACACUUUACUAAGGACUGCUACUCCAAGCCUGGCCUGCAGUAUAGCCUGGUGCCUGAGGAAGAGGAGGAGCCCAGUCAGUCUGCCCAGACACACCCCCAGAGUAAAAAGGAGAAGAAGGUGAAGAAGAGGAAGGAGAAGAGAGAGACCUCCACGGACUCCAGCGACAGCGAGGACUGCCGCAGGCCGGCCAAGCGGGGGCGCUCCGCCAGCGAGACAGGCAGCGGAGAGGGCAGAAAGAAGGACAAGAAGGAGAAAAAGAAGAAGAAGAAGAAAAAGAAGCACAAGAAAGGAAAACACAGAUCUCACAGCAAGCAGGAGUGAGAAAGGCGUCCCUGGCGAAGCAGACGGCCUGCGGCAGCCCGGGGGAGUGCAGUGGCCCCCAUGUUCUCAGACGGCUCUGGACCAGCAGAACCACUCCAGUGUAACCGGACCUCUGGGUCCUUUUCCUGAGCUGCAUAUCACUGUAUUCUCUUUUUAUUUUUGUAUUUUUAAUGUGUUUAAAUCGCUGUUUUCUUCUCACUUAACACAGAGCAGGAGAAUUCUGUGUUGUGUAAAUAAAACGCCAUCUGACAAA